CUCUAUACGUACAUAACAUAUGCGUGGUUGCAAAGGAUCACACCAGCCAUCGCCCAAUCCCGGGGUGCAGCUGCCAGCAAAGAGCCUGAAAGGGAACGGUAAUUGGUACUGAAUAAGUAUCGUCACAAGGGUCAAGUUUGUAGUUACGUUAGGUUGAUGAGGUUGUUGACGUCGAUGCUGGUUUUACUGCUUGCAUGCAAUCAGGGAAUGUUGCGUGAUACCGGGAUUUGUUCAUGUCUCGUUCGUGCGACCCAGACACACUCAAAUUCUGAAACGACGGCAGUGGAGACGGUAACCGCCUCACGGGAAAUGCUGCACAGCCGCAGUUCCCUAAAAGUUACCCACGAGGCUGGAAGUAACAUUCACCAUACAAUACGUUUCAUUUCUUACUGCCAAGACAUGAGAUUUUCCUGUUGUAACUCGAUUGUCAAUGAAGAUAACAAAUAACAUCGAGGCAGAGCUUGUCGGUCAUGAUCUUUUUCAUUGAAUCUGUUUUAUUUUAUUUAUCUUUGCCCGACAAAA